GCUUCCUUUUUUUCUUAGAUCUAACCCGUAGUGAAUUUUUCUUCGACCCGCUUCGUUCAACUUUGCACCGUAUUAAUUUUCUAUAUAAGCGUUUCCAUGUCAAAACCAGAAAGAAAAAUAAACAAAUAAAAAGAGACAAGGGAACCGUGUAAUCACCUCAACUUUCUAUACAAAUCUCCGUGUAAUUAACUACGUAACCUAGGUACUUAAGGUAGGUAAGGUAACUAACCAAACAAUUAACCAUACUAGCAAUCCCAGUUGGCAGUGUUGAGUCGCCUCUUCGAAGCUUGGUCCCUUCCCCCUCCAAGCUCAAACAUUUCCAUGGCUCCUCGGCACAGUAUCGCUUUUUGGCUGUGGGUCGUCUGUCCUCUUACCCAAUCUGUCCAAAGUCGCUGGAUACCGAUCUUCGGCGGUUCAAAAUCUGUUAACUUACGUCAGGUUUUUUUCCUGCUGGACCCUUCCAGCCCUUCGCUUUGUUACAAUCCGUGUCAUCGUGUAGGAGGCAUUUCUGGGGGGAAAGAGUCAUCUCGCCGUCCUGCCUACAUCAAGAUGAGCUCACCUUGAGCCCGAUUCCCAGACGAGGAAGCAGGCGGCCCGUUACAGUUGACGUGCAGGACGUUAUUUAUUAUAGAAGCUUUUGUGGCACGUCGGCGCGUCAGCCAUCUUUUAUUCCAUUCGACCACUAUCAAAGCUAGCCUGGGUGCAAUAUAUCGCGAUGUAACAGACCACAGGUUCUUCACAGUAAGGUGGAUACCCUCCGUAUA